AAAGCGUGUGGGGGACCCCAGGACCGGAUGGCAAUAUGCGGACGGGAGAGGCCAUGUCUAACUCCAUCUGCCCCCCGGGGCUGGGAAGCCGAGGCCUGCGGCUGGGCCUCUGCGAGCCGCUGCAGGCGGCCUGCGGCUCCGCCGGCGCUGGGGCGGCGGCGGCCGGGGUGGCGGCCACGGUGCUGGGCAACCCUCUGGAGGUGCUGAAGGUGCGGCUGCAGGCGACUGGCACCUCGAAAGGAAACGCCGGGCACGUGGGCGCCUGGCAGGUGCUCCGCUCGCUGCUGGCGGCAGAGGGCCCCAGAGCGCUGCUGCGGGGCUUCGGCUGGGCGGCCUCACGGAGCGCUCUGCUCACCGCCAGCCAGGUGGUGCCCUACGCGCACGCAAAGUCCGCACUGCAGAGCGUCGUCCCCGAAGGAGCUGCGCUUCACGUCGCAGCCAGCCUGGCUGCCGGUGUGGUGACCACCACGGUCACCGCCCCAGUGGACGUGCUGAAGACCCAGGCCAUGAGCGCGGAGGGGGGUCAGCAGUCCAUCGGAGCGCUGCUGCGGGCGGAGGGGCCUUUCGUCUUCUUCAAGGGCUGGCUGGCGAACUAUGUCCGGCUGGGGCCGCAGACCUUGUUCAUCUUCGUCUUCUACGAACAAGCCCGCGGCGCCUUGGAGCGCCUCCGAAGCUGAGCCGCGCCGAAGGUGAGG